AUGGAAACAACAAUUCAUUAUCAACAAUUCAUCGAGAUUCUUGAGAAUUAUCAAAGACAAUCAUUUGAACCGAUGAUGGACAAUUCGAUGGACUCGAUCACUGAUUUGAGUUGCUAUUCUUAUGAGAGGAAUGCCACUCGUGCGCGGUUUGCGGUGACUCAGCCGCCUAUGCGCACUACGGAGUUCUCACGUCGAACCGUUCAAAAAGGUCGAAGCGAUUUCGUUUGUCUGAAAACGGGCACAUGCGAGAUCACUCCAAAUAAUCGCUCGUGGUGCCGACUUUGUCGAUGGAAGCGGUGUUUGAUCGUUGGGAUGGUUCCGAAUGGUUUG